UUGUUGAAAAUGAAAAUAGAUAAGGGGGAGAUAAUUCAUCAACAAUUUGUAAAGAUGUGCAAGAAAAUCAUAUUUUACCUUCUUUUUCAUACAUAUUUUACCGUUUUAAAAGGUAUUGAAAUGGUUAAUAUGAAGAUAGUUGAAGAACCAUCAAGCUAUGGAAUGAACAAUUUCAACAAUCAGCAAACCCAACCAGAAGACAACCGGUUGAAAAUGAGAGUUUCUCCAUCCAAGUUUUCUGGGCCUCAACACCUAACAAGAUUGGUCAACACAUGUUUUAGUAAACAAAUAGAUUCAUAUACAUAUAAAUUAUGUCCAUUUUCGAAUGUAUCACAACAUGAAGAAUCAUACAGAUGGAAUCCUUAUAAUGGAAUUCUGGGUGUUUGGCAGGAAUGGGAAAUUCAUAAUAAUACCUUUGUUGCCAUGGUGAUGAGAGAGGGAGAUAACUGUGGAAACUUAUUUAGAUCAAUGAAGGUUUUUUUGAGAUGUGGAAAUAAAAAUGAAAUAGUGAAUGUAUCAGAACCCUCAACAUGUCAGUAUCACAUGAACUUUAAUACUCCUUACGCCUGCCAUCCUCACGCCAUGCUGGUGUUCCCCACACUAUCGGAGGAGUUACGUAAUGAGUGGGAGUUAAUAGAGGGAAGACUAGUGAACGAAGAAAUUACAAUUCAGGGAUAUCAAAAACGAUUACAUGCUUUAUUUGAGAAAGCUGGAUAUUAUCUGUCAGGCACAGCAAAAGAUAAAUUAUCAAAAGAAGCUGUGAAGAAAGAAGAAAAGAAAGAAAAAGAAGAAAAUGGAGAAUUUGAUACAUUAUAUCAAUGCACACAGGAAUAUCAGAAAAUUAAACAACAAUUAGAUGCCUUAAAAAUGGUGCUUAAAGAUCCUAUGGUAGAUUCAAAGACAAAAGACAGAGUUAAUAAAAUGGAGGACAAUGAUAAACAAAACAAAAGUAGUAAAGGCAGCAGUAAAAGAAAGAAGUUUAUAUCCAAGCUCACAAAUUUAAUGUCUAAAAAGGAUAAUACACAUGGGGAAAGCUAAAUGAUUUUAUCCUGGUUAAUCUUUUUAUAUUUCUAUUUUUUUAUUUUAAUAACAAUUCUAUUUGAGGUAAAAAAAAAAAAUUUAAAAUAUGUGCGACCAUUGUAAAAAUGUUUGUUAGGCAAUUGUGAAAUCUGAUUUUCGCACAAAUGGGAAUAUUUGUGAUAGUAAUUUAUUUGUGCAAGUGUGUAUUGGAAGGCCAUUUUUUAAUUUUCAAAA